AUGGAUAACGUAUAUAUUCUUAACAAUUUAAGGAAGGGGAGCCUGAAGGUGACCAUCACCCCGGCUCAGCACAAAACCCUGACGCACCUACCCAAGCGGCCGCCCGUGGACCUGGCUUUCACCGACCUGACAUACAGAGUGCACGAAGGAAGGAAGAACAAUGAGAAGAUAAUUCUGAAAUCCGUUUCCGGACGGUUGCGGUCCGGCGAGCUGACUGCCAUCAUGGGUCCCUCCGGCGCCGGGAAAUCCACAUUGCUGAACAUACUAACAGGAUACAAAACAUCUGGAAUGGAAGGCAGCAUCACAGUGAACGGCAUGGAGCGCAACCUGUCCAGCUUCAGAAAGCUGUCGUGCUACAUCAUGCAGGACAACCAGCUGCACGGGAACCUGACGGUGGAGGAGGCGAUGGCGGUGGCCACAGCUUUGAAACUGCCGAGCGCCACAACCAGAUCCGAUAAGGAAGAAGUGAUCCAAGAGAUUCUCGAGACCCUCGGCCUAUCGGAGCACCACAGAACGAUGACAUCGAACCUCUCCGGCGGGCAGAAGAAGCGUCUAUCCAUCGCCCUGGAGCUCGUCAACAACCCGCCCAUAAUGUUCUUCGACGAGCCCACCUCCGGGCUGGACAGCUCCUCGUGCUUCCAGUGCAUCUCGCUGCUGAAGACCCUGGCGAGGGGCGGCCGCACUAUCAUCUGCACCAUCCACCAGCCGUCGGCGCGUCUCUUCGAAAUGUUCGACCACCUGUACACCCUGGCCGACGGGCAGUGCGUAUAUCAGGGUAGCACGGGGAGACUGGUGGAGUGGCUGGGCAGCCUGAGUCUGCAGUGUCCCUCGUACCACAACCCAGCCUCGUUCAUCAUUGAGGUCUCCUGCGGGGAGUACGGAGACAACACGGGGAAGCUGGUACGGGCGAUAGACAACGGGAAGCAUGACAUCAGGAACGGGAUGCCGUUCCCCGACGCGAAGGUGCCCGACUUCAACAACAAGAGGGACAUGGAGGUGUCCCUGAAGCCCACCGGCUGGGACAGGAACGACCUCGCCCAGGCGCAGGAGAAGUUCGGCGGCGGCCCCGCCAAGGAGCCCAACGGCGCCGGCAACCUGCACAACGGCCUGCUGCAGUACGCUGCCAGCGAAAUCGCCAAGGGCAAGGGAGAGCCGCUCGUGGUGCAAAUGGACGGCGAGAAGCAGGACAACGUGGAGGAGGCGCUACUAGGUGACGUGGCGUCACCACGCCGCUACGCCACCACCGAGCUGACGCAGUUCUGGGUGGUGCUGAAGAGGACCCUGCUCUUCAGCAGGCGCGAUUGGACCCUGAUGUACCUGCGCCUGUUCGCCCACAUCCUGGUGGGCUUCCUGAUCGGCGCGCUGUACUACGACAUCGGCGAUGACGGCUCCAAGGUGCUCUCCAACCUCGGCUUCCUCUUCUUCAACAUGCUGUUCCUAAUGUACACUUCGAUGACCAUCACCAUCCUCAGCUUCCCCCUGGAGAUGCCCGUUCUGGUGAAGGAGCACUUCAACAGAUGGUAUUCCCUGCGCUCGUACUAUCUGGCGAUCACAGUGUCCGAUAUACCGUUCCAGGCGAUAUUCUGCGUGAUCUACGUGGUGAUAGUGUACCUGCUGACGUCACAGCCGCUGGAGUGGUUCCGCUUCGCGAUGUUCCUCUCCUCGUGUCUGCUCAUCUCGUUCGUGGCUCAGAGCGUCGGCCUGGUGGUGGGAGCUGCGAUGAAUGUGCAGAACGGAGUGUUCCUGGCGCCGGUGAUGUCGGUGCCGUUCCUGCUGUUCAGCGGCUUCUUCGUCUCGUUCAACGCGAUCCCGGUCUACCUCCGCUGGAUCACCUACCUUUCCUACAUCCGCUACGGUUUCGAGGGCACCGCUUUGGCCACCUACUCCUUCAACCGCACGAAGCUGCAGUGCCACCAGAUCUACUGCCACUUCAAAGACCCGAACACCACCCUCGAGGAGCUGGACAUGCUGGACGCGGACAUCACGCUGGACAUCGCGGCGCUCUGCCUCAUCUUCUUCGUGCUGAGAAUCUCCGCCUUCCUCUUCCUGCGCUGGAAGCUGCGUGCCGCCAGA